UGUGGUCGUGCGCGUUUGCUUCUGUAGUUCUCUCUAUCUCUAAUAUAUCUUAGCUAUUAUCUUCGCAGAAAAGAUUGAGUUUCAACUCUCUCUUUCUCUCUCCCUCUCUCUCUCUGUGUCUCUCUCUGUUUGUUGGAGAAGGCAUUGAAAGUGUGAGAAAUGGCGGCUGUGAGUUCAUCAAUGGUUACAUCUUCCACUCAACCUUUUCUGGGCGUGCAGUCUGCUUCUAAUAGUAGUACAAGUCGACCUGUUUCAAACAUGCUUGCUAGCAAUUUUAUUGGUUCUUCCCUGCCAAGGUGUUUCCCUAAGAAGAAGAGAGUUGUCAAGAGUAGCGGGAAAGUGAGAGCUGUGGCAGCUGUUGCAACUCCUCCUGCUGAGGACAUCAAAGAGUUUACCCUUCCUACGUGGGCUAUGUUUGAACUUGGCAAGGCCCCUAUAUAUUGGAAAACCAUGAAUGGUCUUCCUCCUACUUCUGGGGAAAAGCUAAAGCUUUUCUACAAUCCGGCUGCAAAGAAGGUUGUUCCAAAUGAAGAAUUUGGGAUUGCUUUUAACGGAGGCUUUAAUCAGCCCAUUAUGUGUGGUGAGCCAAGGGCAAUGCUUAGGAAAAACAGAGGCAAAGCUGAUCCCCCUUUUUAUACCAUCCAGAUAUGCAUUCCUAAGCAUGCUGUGUACUUGAUCUUCUCAUUCACAAAUGGAGUUGAAUGGGAUGGUCCUUACAAACUGCAAUUUCAAGUUCCCAAGGGUUGGCGAAACAAACCAGAUGGCUUCUUUAAUGAGGGUCUAACAGAAGAGUUAAGUAAAGAAGGUGCAUGUGAGAGAGCAAUCUUUCCAGACACAGAUCUUGUGGUGACAAGAUGUGCUAUGAUUGGAAAUUUGACAGUUGAAGGGGGUGAUCGUUGCAAUCUGGAUCUCGUACUAGGAUGCACAGAUCCUAGCUCCCCCCUCUAUGACCCACUUGCUAAUGUAGAUGAUGGAUCCUGCCCCAUUGAUUUAGAAUCUGAUCUGGAAUAGUAUCAUCCACUCCAACACCUCAUCACACGUAAAUAUCAUGAUGGAUGCUUGUUACAAGCAAGGUUUAGAAUAUAUACAGGUUAAAAACACAAAAGCAAUCUUGUUGGGUUAACUAGAAAAGGGAUAGACUAUUGUUUUAUACUGGGUUUACAAUUUCUAGUAUAUAUGAUUGUGAUUUGCCAAUUA